CCUCCAAAUCUCCAGUUAGCCCUCGCUCGCCCUCCCCUCUCCUCUCUCUUUCUCUCCCUUUUUGCAAAUUUGCAAUCCUCAAUCGUAGGAUUUCGAACAGUAAUUAGCGAUUUCUGGGUUCUAUCUCUCUGAAAAUUUUUCAUCAAAUAAAUACAAUAUAAUCUGUAGUUAGUUCAGGAGAGAGAAAAUAUGAAAGAAGUGAUAAUAUCGUUGGAUUCAGUAAGGGACAAGAACAUAAUGCAGCUUAAGAAGCUUAAUGUUACUCUCUUCCCUGUUCGCUACAACGACAAGUACUACGCUGACUCCCUAGCAUCCGGUGAAUUCACCAAAUUAGCAUACUACAGUGAUAUAUGUGUUGGAGCAAUUGCAUGCCGUCUUGAGAAGAAAGAUGCUGGUGGUCUUCGGGUUUACAUUAUGACUUUGGGCGUCUUGGCACCUUACCGUGGGCUUGGUAUUGGCACGAAGCUUUUGAACCACGUACUUGAAUUGUCCUCGAAGCAAAACAUCUCAGAGGUUUACUUGCAUGUUCAAACCAAUAACGAAGAUGCUCUAAAUUUCUACAAGAAAUUCGGGUUUGAUAUCACAGACACCAUCCAGAAUUAUUACACAAACAUCACUCCACCAGACUGCUACGUUGUGACCAAGUACAUUUCUCCACCUCAACCGAAGAAAUGACGUCUUUUUUGUGUGUUGGUAGCACAAACUGAGUUUUGCAAUUCUGAAGGCUAUUAAAUUUAGCUCAAACUUUUGUAUUAGUUAUUAAUAUACCUGGUACGAUGGGAGUGAUACCAUUUAUGCAUGGUAUAUCUUGAGAUUAUUUCUACAAUUGUAGGACCUUUUUGAACUCGAUUACUCAUUAUAAUACAAACCCAGAACUACCUCAAAA